AGUUUAAGAGAUUGCCUCCGAUUAGCCCCAUUUUAGCACUUUUGGAAUGUGUGGUUUGGGCCAAUGAGAGGGCUGGAUUUUUUGCUCAGCUGGUUCCACUAAUUGUAAGUUUCUCUCUGGACACAUGUUCAGUCUUCAGAACAUUCCCAAAGGCCAAGACUGAGCCGAGGGGGUUAAGGCUAAGAGAGAUCUCUUGCAGCGAGUGGUAUUGGAGGGAAUUGCUCAACACUUCUCGUUUGAGCAGGCUGCUUUGAAAAAAAAAAGAGUAUGAAGAUGCAUUAGGUUGCAAACCAGAAGUUCUUCCGUCUUCCUUUUGAACACUGCUAAAUCUAGGGACUGCCUCCAGACGCACAAUCCAGGUAUCCCCAACAUUUGCAUGAUUUGGACAUAAUGACUGCUGAGGAUUCUACGGCUAGAAUGAGUAACGAUUCCUCCAGCAUGCCAACAAACAAAGUCCCUGAAGGUGUUGCUGGCGCGCCUAAUGAGUCCGCGCUGCUGGCACUAAUAGAGCGCACUGGAUAUACCAUGGUUCAAGAGAACGGACAACGCAAGUAUGGUGGUCCGCCUCCAGGCUGGGAAGGGCUGCAUCCUCCUCGUGGGUGCGAAGUCUUCGUUGGUAAAAUUCCCCGGGACGUCUACGAAGACGAACUGGUCCCUGUAUUCGAAUCUGUCGGCCGAAUCUAUGAAAUGCGCCUGAUGAUGGAUUUUGAUGGGAAAAAUCGAGGGUAUGCCUUUGUCAUGUACACUCAGAAGCACGAAGCCAAACGUGCUGUCCGGGAGCUGAACAACUACGAAAUCCGUCCAGGCAGGCUGUUAGGGGUGUGUUGCAGCGUUGAUAACUGCAGGCUGUUCAUCGGAGGAAUCCCCAAGAUGAAAAAAAGGGAAGAAAUUUUGGAAGAGAUCUCCAAAGUGACGGAAGGCGUACUCGAUGUCAUUGUGUACGCCAGUGCGGCUGACAAGAUGAAAAACAGAGGAUUUGCCUUCGUAGAGUAUGAAAGCCACCGAGCAGCGGCCAUGGCGAGGAGGAAGCUGAUGCCUGGGAGAAUCCAACUUUGGGGCCACCAAAUUGCCGUUGACUGGGCAGAGCCUGAAAUAGAUGUUGACGAAGACGUCAUGGAGACCGUAAAAAUCCUGUACGUGAGGAAUUUAAUGAUCGAAACCUCAGAGGAUACAAUUAAAAAAGUCUUUGGCCAGUUCAACGCUGGUUGCGUGGAACGAGUUAAAAAAAUACGAGAUUACGCCUUCGUACACUUCACAAGCCGGGAAGAUGCGGUUCACGCCAUGAAUAAUCUCAACGGCACUGAGCUCGAAGGCUCCUGUCUGGAAGUGACCUUGGCUAAGCCGGUUGAUAAGGAGCAGUACACCCGUUACCAGAAAGCGGCUAAAGGUGGAGGAACCGGUGAAGUCACUCAACAGCCAAACUACGUUUACUCUUGCGAUCCCUAUACGCUAGCGUAUUAUGGCUACCCCUACAAUGCUCUGAUUGGUCCCAAUCGAGAAUAUUUUGUGAAAGCAGGCAGCGUUAGAGGCAGAGGACGAGGUGCAGCAGGCAACAGAGCCCCUGGCCCGAGAGGCUCUUACCUGGGGGGAUAUUCUGCAGGCCGCGGCAUAUACAGCAGAUAUCAUGAAGGGAAAGGCAAGCAGCAAGAAAAAGGAUAUGAGCUGGUUCCUAACUUGGAGUUGUCUGCGGUCAGCCCAGUUGCCAUUAAGCCUGGCACAGUGGCAAUUCCAACCAUUGGCACCCAGUAUUCCAUGUUUCAAGCAGCUCCAGCAGCAAAGAUGAUAGAAGAUGGAAAAAUCCACGCGGUGGAGCACAUCAUCAGCCCCAUUGCUGUCCAGCAGGACCCAGCCAGUGCAGCUGCUGCAGCUGCAGCCGCAGCUGUGAUACCUGCUGUUUCGACCCCUCCUCCUUUUCAGGGCCGCCCCAUAACUCCUGUGUACACCAUGGCUCCAAACAUGCAGAGAAUUCCCGCAGCAGGAAUCUACGGCGCAAGUUACGUCCCAUUUGCUGCUCCGGCUGCUGCGACAACAAUAGCCACUCUACAGAAGAACGCGGCUGCUGCCGCCGCUGCUGCCGCCGCCUAUGGUGGAUAUGCUGGCUAUAUCCCUCAAGCAUUUCCAGCUGCAACUAUCCAGGUUCCAAUACAUGAUGUCUACCAGACCUAUUGAGACCACUGGCCAGUGUCAGGGGGUGGGUGGGUAGCGAGCGGGUCACACUGAAGGAACACUUAACUAUUUAUGAAGACGAAAGAACCUACUGCAAGACGAGUACAUUCGGAUGUCAAUCAGCUGAUGACAGAGCCUGGAAGAGAAGUUUAUAUCAAAUAUAUUUCAUCAUGUUUGAAAUCUUUUAUACAUAUGAAGUUUUUACUAACUUUUUUUUAGGCUGUUUAAAAACAUUAAAUAUUGCCUGUAUGCCUACAUUUCUAAAAUGGCUUAUUUUCAAGAUACAUUCCUCUACGCAGGUUUAUAGUAGUUUUUUAAGCAAUUAUUUUCAGUAUAUUUGUGGUAUGAAGGUUAUUUUUAGUAAGUUCUGCACUCCAGAGAUUUCUAUUUUGUAGUGCCUUUAAUAAUAUAUCAACUAAAUGUUAAAAAAGUGCACCUGAGCAGCUAGGGAAAAGUUUUUAAACAAUAUAUUUUGAAGACUAUAUUCAAUAUUUAAAGAAUACAUGCAAUAGAUUUAAAAUUUAUAUAUAUAUAUUCACACGAACGUGUGACUUAUUUAAAAAAAAGGUUAUACUGGAAAGUGCAAUUUUGAAAGUGACAGACCUCUGCGUUGUGUCCUAGCAUUUGUAUGGUUUCUUUGUUAGCUAGAGGCACCUUAUGUUAAUAAAGAAGCCCCCACAAGUUAGUUCAUAUUAAACUAUGCUUUAUGUUAAGAGAAGGGGUUUUUUUGGUAUUCCAUACAAUGAUUUUCAUAUUUAUCAGCUUCUGAGACUCUGAACACACAGAGAGACAAAUCAUUUAUGUUCCAUGGAAAGAUUAUUCUUGUUUUAUUAGUGAAGUGAUGGCCCUAAGAGCAUAGGUUUGUGGAACAAUGUGGUAUCUCUGCACAAGUGAAUACUAAAAUCAUGUCAAUUGCUCAAAAAGCCUAUUGCAGAGGUAUGUUUUAGUGUUCUUCCUGUGGUAGGAAAAAAAACCCUAUUAAGCCAGUUUGUUAACUUGAAGCAACAAUACCUUGCUAGCUGGGAAUUGUAUGCAGCCACAUCCUUUCAUGAUCAUCUUAAGCCCCUUCCACACGUGCAGAAUAAUGCACUUUUAAUCCACUUUCAGUGCACUUUGCAGCUGGAUUUUACUGUGUGAAAUAGCAAAAUCCACUUGCAAACAAUUCUGAAAGUGGAUUGAAAGUGCAUUAUUCUGCACGUGCGGAAGGGGCCCUUGAGAAAUUGGUGCGUUGUGUAGGUAGCAAUGAACUCCUUCUCUGUGUUGAUACUUGAGAUUCCACAAGUGUGUGUGUUCAUCUACAAAAAAAAAGCAGGUAAGGCUGUUCCUUCUUGUGAAAGUGUUUUAUGAACCCUUAAAACACAUUAAAGCCUUUAAUUGGCAAUGUUGUCGCUGAGGUGGGGAUUGCUGGACUUUUCUAUCAAAAGCCUAUUUACUCAGACCCGGUGAGCUCUAAUAAGGAGCAACACAAAAUCAAGGUAUGCUCAUGGCAGUCUUUGGUAUCUCCUGCACAAAAUUUUGCAGCUCACAGUAUCUGUCCAAAAGUUACAAUAGUCCGUAUUUAUGUGGGAUAAUAAACAUCACAAGUUUUUCUCUGUUUCAAGUACUAACCAGCAAGCAAGAAGUCUAUAGAUUACAGGUAGGCAGACAAAAUGGCCUGGACCCGGAUAGCUAGGUUGCCAACCUCCAGGUGGAGUCUGGAGAUCUCUUGAUAUUCCAGUUCAUCUCCAGACCACAGAAUCAUUCUCCCUGGAGAAAAUGGCUGCAUUUCUUGCUGAAAUCCCUCUCCUUCCAAAACCCUAGGCUCCCAAGCUCAACCCCAACGAUCUCCAGGUAUUCCCCAACCCAGAAUUGGCAACAAAACAAACUCUGAUUGAACAUUUCAAUUGGCCAUGUAUCUGCCAUAGAUACAUGAGCAUUAUUGGAGUCAACAUUGGAGUGACACAGUGGUUCAUUGUGACCAAGACUAUGUUUCAGGGCUGGAAUUACCACAUGUUGAGACCCUAUAAGCUGUCUUAUUUAUUUACUUCAUAUAUACCCCACUUUUCUUUCCAAUGGGGUCCCAAGACAGCUUACAUAAUUCUUCUCCCAUCCAUUUUAUCCUCACAACAGCCCUGUAUGAUAGGUUAAA